CGGUGACUGCCCGUGAUAUUUCGGCAGUGUAUUAUUUGUCUUACAGGCUUCAAAUGUGUGCGAAUUUUGGUUCUAUGGAAUUGCUUAAAAUUCUGUGUUUCUGUUACAAUCAGGAGAUAAUUGAUGGGCCGUUCGACUGCUCAGUAAAUUUAUCCAGAAUGUAACUUAGGUGUUUGAGUGUGACAGCCAACACAUUGCAUUUAUUGUAAAUGAAGUUAGCAUUAAUGAGGAAAAUCUCCAGCUGAAGGGAAAAUACGAACGAAUUAUUUGAAAAUUCUCCAUUGCGUUACGGACCUCGUAUGGGAAUUCGUUUCAAAUCAAGAGGCCUUUUUAUAGUUAUGAUGGACUAAUUGAGCUUGUUUAUCAACGCCCUGGCCCGAUGACAGCGAUCAUUGUGCGUGUUUUGAUGACAGUUGAAUAUUGUUGUUUUGCACAGAAAUAAAAUGCAAGUUUUCCUUCCAAGUGAACGGUGUAUAUUCCAUUUUUUCAACUAUUAAGUGUGCUUCAGGAAAGAACCUGAGCAUUGCAGUAUGGUUGCAAAAAAGAAGAGAGCUCAAACGGAAAUUGAUAAUACCUCCACUUCAGAAAUAACAGUAAGAAAAAGGGUACGGUCAAAUGAAAAUGCUGGGAGUAGUGCAGUUGUGCCUAAAACUAAAGAGUCGUCAAAAACUGUUACCAAAUCUAAAAAAGGCACAGUGUCUAAAGAUAAGGUGGAAGAUCUAAUUGAAAGGGCUGAGGAGGAGUAUGUUGAUGAUGUACGGACUCAUAACAACAACUCAGUUUUAGCUGAUGAUGAUAUUCCCGAUUGGCCAGAAGCAGAUUUAAUGGAAUUAAUGAAACGAAUGGAAAAUAACAUCCCCGCUAAGGAUAAUUUGCGUUAUGAUUCCCGAGCAGAGAAACUAAACUGGGAUGAGAUUAGCUUUGGUAAUUAUUCUGCUGGCGAAUGUAAGGAAGUGUGGUUUAAAAUUCAGAAACGCCUAAGAAGGUUUCGAAUUUUGAAGGAAUUGUUGGAAGAUGCAAAAUCAUGGGUUUCAAAACCAUGGACACAUUUUUAUCGAAGCCAACGACAGAAUCGCCACCCAGACUUGCCUCGAAGACCUCUGUCGACGUACAUGCUUUUCUAUUUAGAAAAAAAAGACAAAGUUGCAAAAGAUAACCCUGGCCUUGAAAUGACAAAUGUUUCUAAAUACAUUGCUGAACUUUACAAUAAGCUGCCAGCAAAGAAAAAGCAGAAGUAUAUUGAUAUGGCGGCUGCCCAGAAGAAAGAAUAUGAAGAAAAAAUGGAGCAGUUUUACCAGGAACACCCUGAACUUGUGCCAAAAGCUGUAGCUCUUAAGGAAGCAAAAGCAGCCAAUGCAGCCUCCAAUCCAGAACCAGGGCCUAAAAAGCUUCAGACUCCUUUCAAGCUUUUCUGUAAUGAGAAGUUGAACCAGCAUAAAAAUGAUCCUGGUUUUGAUAGAACAGCUGUACUGGAAAGCUGCAAAGAGCAAUGGCGUGACAUGUCAGAGAAGAAAAAGAUUGUUUGGAUUGAUUGGGCACUUGAAGAAGAGGCGAAGUAUCAGGAAGAAAUAAGAGCUUAUGCUGCUGAAAAUCCUGAAUUUGUUCCACCACCUAUAAAAUCUGUGCUUACAAAGGAAGAGAUUGCAUUGAAAGAACGUAUUGCCGGGAAACCAGAGAAACCGCCAACGUCUGGUUACAGUUUAUUUUCACGUUUGAUGCUUGUCAGCCCCGAUAUGAAGAAAGUACCACCAAAAGAGCGCAUGUCACAGGUUUCUAGAAUGUGGAAGAGUCUUACAAAUGAUCAGAAGAAAAAAUAUAAAGAACAAGUAUUACAUAUGCUAGAUCAGUACAAGCUGGAGUACGCAAGUUACCUAGAGUCGCUUUCUGAUGAGAAACGGCAAGAAGAACUUUCUAACUGUGCACCAAAGAAAAAGUUACCUCCAAAAAAUAAAAUAGGAAAGAAGGUAGUAAAGAAAAAACCCAAACCAGAAGAAGAAAAUAGCAAGUUGUUCAAAGGGGAACCAGAACCACCUCCACUGAAUGCAUACCAGUUAUUCCUAAAGGGCUUUAUGGCUGAUGCUUCUCACAUCCCUUUGGAAAAUCGUGAGAAAGAAGCUCCUCGGUAUUGGCAGAUGCUCCCAGCAGCUGACAAGGAAAAACAUCGAAAGAAGCUCAAUGAUAUCAAGCAGAAAUACAUAAAAGAUUAUGAAAAAUUUCUUAAGGGUUUGUCUCAAGAGGAGCUGAAAGAGUACUCUAUGCAGAAGGCAAAGUUAAAACAGACUGAAGAUGCCCAGUCAUCAGAAGAUUCUGACACAGAUGAUGGCAGCAAAGAAAGUGAUGGUUCAGAAAAAGACUCAGACUCUGAUGCAAAUUCAUCAUCGGACAGCGAUAGUGACUCUGAUGAUUCGAGUGACUCAGAUAGUGAUGCUGAAAAGACAAAGGGAAGUGAUGAUUCAUCUUCUAUGACUUCUUCGAGUGAUAGUGAUUCAGAGUGAUCUCUUGACUUCAUCACUGUGUGUAUAUGAAGAUUUGAGACUGGAAGGGGUUUUAUUAGAAGAAAGGAAGAGAAAAAUUUCUUUAUGGACCAGAAUGGUGCUGUGGGGCAGAUUUAUGUCCCAGCUACAGCAUGUUUAACAAGAAAUAUAUUACAUUGCUUGAAAGCGCAGCAAUGUCAAACUUAGAAUUAUAUUUUGUAACUAGACUGGUUGCUUGCUGUCAGUUUAGUCUCUCUAACCAUGUAACUUCCUACCAUGGCACAUUCCACAGCAGAGAAAUGAAAACAUGGAAUUUUAUGAAAAAGUGUGUAGAUAUAACUUUUUUUAAAUAUUUGUGAAGCAAAAAGAAAAUUUAACUGUUCUGUAAAUGGAAAUAUGUACAGUGCACCAACUUUAUAAAUGGCGCACAGGACAGGAUUUUCGCUACCUGUACUCAAUUGUCAUUAAUGACUUGCACUAACACAACCUAGCUCACUCAGGCUAAUGUUAUAUACCUUGAGAAAGAACAGUGAUGUGUUCUGUAAAUGUUCACAAAAAUUAUGUGAGAGACUGUGGAACUUUGUAGGUGGAAGCUCUUCUUGACAAUGUAUAUUGUCUGUUUUUCCACCUAUCUGCAAAUUCUUAGUCAAACUUUUGUGACCGUUCUUUUAUCCCAUCUCUCCUCUGUUCUGCUUUUUAUCCAUUUCCUCCUGUCUCACUUUUUUCUGUUUUUUGUUACCAGUAACUGAUUAUCUUGCCUGCAUCUAGGUUUCUCCCUCUUUAAACCCCCUUGUCAUUUCAGAAUCUGUAGGAUGCCUCUACCUACAAGAAAUUUUUGUUAAUUAGGUGAUUGCCUUGUCCCAUUAAUUACUAUUAUUAUUUUGCCUCUGUUACUUAGAAUAAAAUUUAUUCUACAUCAUUCUCCAUCCCAGGGUGGUCUUCACCCUUACAUUAUCCUUUGAUUAGGUUACAAUUAUUUAAAGGAUCUUUGGCUUUUAAAUGUUGCUGUCAGUCAUCAACUUUUUUUAUAAAUAUUGUCGUUUCAUAUAUUUUUAAACAUUUUUAUUGCUUUAUAUUUUCCUAUUUCUUCUGUGUAUCUUCUUGUAAGACUCUAAUUUUAUAUUUUGUAAACAUUUAAUCCACAUGGCUAUUUUAAGGUGUAUAGUAAGACUGAUGCGUACAAAUCUGACCGAGAUGUGCAUCAGUGUCUUUACCUGGAGUGAAGGCUGAAUAUCUCGGAUGCUCCAUUACCCAAUAAGUAAAUGGAAAUUUGUGUAUAUUGUCUGUCAUAAAAGAAUAUUCUCUAAGUCAGUGACCUAUUUUUAUUUACCAAUUUUGUAAUUGUCUUGUGUAAAUUAUUGUAUGUUAGAUGUAAAUAUUUAAUGGUACACUUCUGAAGUGCAUUGUAAUAGUUGGUAACUGAUAUGCUGAAUUCAAGUACAAAUCACUUUAUGUCUAAUUUCUGUAUAUUACUUCUGUUUACUUUCAUGUCAUAAAAAUAUUUCUAAGAUUUAUGUAUUGUAUAAGGAAUCACAAGCUUUUGUCUUAAAGCAGCUGUAAAAAGGAGAUAUCAUUUAACGUUCAUCAGACAUAGUUUCUUUUAUUUAUUAUGUUAGGGGCACAAUUUUUUUCUAUAAUAAAGUGUUUGUGUUUUAGCUGACCACCUUUACUAUUCAUUUUGGAUUUUUUAAGUGAUUUAAUGGAUAUGCUAUAAGAAUGGAUCAAGUGAGGCACAAAACAGAACUGUUCUAAAAAACAUUCAUGACUUCAAAAUGUUAAUUUUUUUGUUAGGGAAUUGUAUUUACAAUCUCAUAUAUCUUCAUAAGUCGAAACACUGUGCUAAGCAUUUUAGUAAGCGACAUUCUAGCUACAACGAAAACAGGAUUAUUCUAAAACAAAAAGUUUUCAUUAAAAUACAUUUUUGUGUGGUUGUGUGUUGUAUUAUGAUGUGAGUUCAUCUCUCUUACAUGUUUGACAGCACUGUGGCCUAAAUACUGUAAGCUUAUUUCUGCAGUCUCAGUUGGAAUAUGCUGAAAAAGCAUCAUAAUAAUUCCAAAUCUGAAUUUAAAUAUUCUUACCAGGUGUUUGUAUAGCUCUAGUUGUCUCAACAAAUUGCUUCAGAGACAAAACAAGAGACAGCUGGAGUUGCACAGUUCUGGGAAAAAAAGGAUAUGUGAACACUGCAAAUGUCUUAAAUCUGUAUUUUUGCCCCAUUGCUGGUAUUAAAAAAAUAUUUUUUGCUGGGCUAUUAAUUGAUUUUCAGAAGAAUAAUGUUCAUUUACUGUAAUGUUUUGAACAUGGUGAUGAAAUUACAGCAUAUUAGCUCUGAGAUUUGAAAUAAUUUUUACCAGCUCACCAGAAAGCAGAGAGGAAUUACUUAGUUUGUAGGCUGCCGCCUCCCUCACCUCUCUCUCUCUCUCUCUCUCUCUCUCUCUCUCUCU